CUCCUUCAAUAGUCAUAGAUUUCAUGGGAUAGACUUUCCGAGAGCACUUGCGAAUACACUGGGGACUGGCGUAGAAGCUCUCACCUGCAACUUAGUACCGAGCAAUCAAUUGCCGAGUCACUUUCUUCAACUUCUUUACCUAAUAUAUUGACGUCAGAGACCGUUGUCCUAGUCGAAUGACACACGAACCAAAAGGCAGCAAGCCAGGAUCCAUUCACGAACGGCACCAAUCGACGAGGGCGAAUACAAUCCCCUCUGUCGAGUUUUCUAUCCCACCAUCAGUUCUCGAUCCACCUGUUCAAAAGAUUGUUUCGCAAUGCCCUUUACGCCGAACUCAAAACGGAGAUGCCCAGGAAAAGUCAGUAGCGAAUGAAGAUUACUGUGCAGCUCCCAAUGACGAGGAAGCUCAAUCUUUCGUGACUGAUGAGGUCACCUAUCCCGAAGGGGGACGUCAAGCAUGGCUUGUAGUUCUAGGAUCCUUCUGUGGGACUAUCGUAGCUUUUGGCAUGAUGAAUACUGUCGGCAUUUUCCAAGCCUACGUCAGUGAGCAUCAACUGAAAGACUAUAACGAAAGCACCAUUGGAUGGAUCUUUGGCCUCUAUGUCUUCCUCUCAUUCUUCUGUGGCAUCCAAAUCGGACCUAUCUUCGAUGCCCAUGGGCCAAGGAUGUUGAUUCUCGCUGGGAGUAUAUUGAUGUCUGCGAGCAUGCUGCUUCUUGGUCUUUGUACUCAGUAUUGGCACUUUAUGCUUUGUUUUGGUUUCGUCGGCGGACUCGGUACUUCCCUCAUUUUCACUCCGGCUAUCUCUACUAUUGGGCAUUUCUUUCUUGCUAAACGCGGUAAUGCAACGGGAAUAGCCGCGGCGGGAGGUUCCCUUGGUGGUAUCAUCUUCCCAAUCAUGCUGCAGAGGCUUUUUCCGGCAAUUGGAUUUGCUUGGGCUACGCGGAUCAUGGGUUUCAUUUUCAUCUUUAAUUGCUCCAUUGCUGUUCUCUUCACACGCUCUCGGCUUCCUCCGAAGCCGGGUCAAUCCGUUAUGCCCGAUCUUCGAAUCUUCAAAGACCCAAGCUUUGCAUUGCUUACCGCUGCAAUUUACUUCAUGGAAUGGGGCUUGUUUGUACCGAUUACCUACCUGACGUCGUUUGCAAUGGCAUCGGGCGCCAUCACGCCGGCCUUUUCCUAUCAACUGAUUGCCAUAAUGAAUGCCGGUUCCUGCAUCGGCCGAUGGGCACCCGGAUACAUUGCAGACAAGCUUGGACGAUUCAAUAGCAUGAUUGCUGCGCUUGCUCUUUGUUCGGCCUCCACAAUUAUGCUUUGGCUCCCAGCUUCCAUCCUUGAACCCACGAAAUCCGCGGACGCUACGACGAUUAAGGCUCUGACCAUUGUGUACACCCUAAUCUUUGGCUUCGCAUCUGGAUCGAAUAUCUCGCUAACUCCGGUCUGCGUCGGCCAGCUCUGCGAUACCAAUGAGUACGGAAGGUACUAUGCUACCUGCUAUACAGUUGUGUCUUUUGGAACGCUGACAGGAAUUCCUAUUGCUGGGAGCCUUGUCCAGGCGGCUAGAGGACGCUUUUGGGGUGUAGUAAUCUGGACGGGGUUGUGCUAUAUCGUGGCACUUGGUUGUUUCAUCUGUAGCCGGGCUUGUAAGGUUGGGUGGAAGUUAGGAGUGAAGUUUUAGGAACGAAUAUAGAGUCGGCUGAGUGGAAAGAUGAGGAGGGAUGUCCGAGGAAAAAGACCAUCAAAAAUGAGCUGGUUCUGGCGUGGUUUCUGCAGGGCCAGAACGUGGAAAGGGAGGGGUAGGCGGAGGGAAGAAAUGCGAGGCUGAUGAUUGCGUGGUUGUUUGGUUGGUUAGAAAUCAUGAACGCGAUUCAAAGCAAUGGUUUGCGC